GCCCUUCGGGAACCAGCAAGCCUCCUAACGCUGGCCCGAGAUUCUUGCCAAAAUAAUAAUAAAAGCGUGCUUGGAAUCAAGGUAACCGGCUGCCGGGAAGCGGAAGAUUGCCAGCUGUUUUCAGUGCGGGGGGGAGGGGGAGGACUUUGAUUUCCAGGCAUAUUUACCCUUGCGGAUGUGAUUCCUUAAAGGGAUGAUCCCGAUAUAAAAAGCCACUCCUUUGGCAUUCCUGAGUGGGCAAGGCUGGAAGAGCUCAGUGGACCGAUCCAGAUGGCCAGACACAAGGAGGGGAUGCUUCUCUACCACUGAGUACUCUUUGUGGCCAAUGACAGAUAACUCUGCUUUGCUGGGUACCAUAUUGACUUAAGGGGGAAGCUUCACAAUUGCUGGCCGUUUUGCCUCCCUCUGGUCUCUAGGGCAAGUGGAUGAGUGCUCAGGAUCACUUCCUUCUGGGGGAGAAGUUUCCCUGCCUAGAGUCUGAUGAAUCUCCAAGUGCUUGUAUGUGAUCACUGAAGGAAGUCACUGUCCUGUGCUAGUUGCCCAGGAGCUGGGCUCAUUGGGUACCAGGUUGAAGGGCUUUGCCUCUCACUGAAGAUGCUCAUGGUGUUUCUGUGAAGCUAAGGUAUGGCUGCUGGAAGGUUAUUGCUCUAUGCUGGUCUCUCCUUAGCGUUGUGUGCUUUAGGCAUGCUGGCUGUGGCCAUCUGCUCUGACCAUUGGUAUGAAACUGAUGCCAGGAAGCACAGGGAACGGUGCAAAAGCUUCACCACUCGGAGGAAUGACCCUGGUUUCAUUUAUAACUCUAACAAUAACCUGCCCCUCAGGGCUAGCCGGUCUAGGCUCGACCGCUGGGAAGGGAAACUUCUCUUGGCAAGAAAUAGGAGGCAGCUCUUUGCCAUGAGUGCCGUUGACGAGUGCAACAGACAGUACAACUCUACUAACAUGGGGCUCUGGAGAAAAUGCCACCGUCUGGGAUUUGACCAGGACCUGGAGGAACUCAUUGCUAAAGGAGCAAUUGACCAGUGUUCAUACAUCAAGUACCACUACUCCUCAGCAACCAUUCCCAAGAACCUCACCUACAAUAUUACUAAGACCAUCCGCCAGGAUGAGUGGCAUGCCCUGCACUUGCGCAGAAUGACAGCUGGUUUCAUGGGCAUGGCUGUAGCCAUCAUCCUCUUCGGAUGGAUUAUUGGGGUGCUGGGCUGCUGCUGGGAUCGAGGCCUUAUGCAGUAUGUGGCAGGACUUCUCUUCCUCAUGGGAGGAACCUUCUGCAUCAUUUCACUGUGCACGUGCGUGGCUGGAAUCAACUUCGAGCUCUCUCGAUACCCCCGAUACCUGUACGGACUUCCUGACGACAUCAGCCAUGGCUAUGGCUGGUCAAUGUUUUGUGCAUGGGGGGGCCUGGGUCUCACUCUGAUCUCUGGCUUCUUCUGCACCUUGGCCCCUUCCGUCCAACCUGUCCCCAGGACCAACUGCCCCAAAUCAAGACCUGAGAAUGGGACAGUGUGCUAAAAAUAGAUGCAAACACAUCUCUAAAUAUACAUAUAUAAAUAUAUAUAUAUACAUAAACAGAUAUUAUAUAUAUAGAUCUCAAA